GCCUUACUUAAGCUGCCGAAUGCACCGGAGUGCACUUAAUCCGCCCCACUCUAUGAUUUCAUUGGUUGUCUGGGGACCAUUACCCAGGGAUUGCCGCCGCCUCCCGUCACCACACCUUCCUGCUCCUGCUGGCUGGCCUUUACUACCUUACCUCCAUUACCGCACCUGCCUGCCUCCGAAACAAAGCUUCCCAUCUGCAAACCUCCCACCCUAUCUCCGCCAACCACGAAUUCUCUCCUUCACAUACCAGGAAGGGAUAUAAACCCAACACAAAUCGUCUUUCCUUUCUGCUUUUCUGCCGAAGAGGAAAUUCUCCCAUUGACAGCUACCCCACACAGCUGUCGAUCCCACCUUCACACCCAUACUCCGACUGCAUACGAGUAUCCGAAUCAUCAGAAACAGUCGAUCAAGAUGGCGCCUCCGUCGGAACAGCCCGCCGAGCAUAAGAAGAAGGUCAACUUGAUGGAUGCCUCUGGUGCUGAGGUCAAGGAUCAAGAUGACACCGCGACCGCUAUUCUCAAGAAGAAGAAGAAGCCCAACCAGCUGAUGGUUACCGAUGCCGUCAACGAUGACAACUCCAUCAUUGCCCUCUCCGAAAACACCAUGGAAGCUCUUCAGCUUUUCCGUGGUGACACCGUGCUCGUGCGCGGCAAGAAGAGAAAGGACACCGUUCUGAUCGUCCUUGCCGACGAUGAGCUGGACGAUGGUAGCGCUCGCAUCAACAGAGUCGUUCGCCACAACCUGCGAGUAAAGCACGGUGACAUGAUCACUAUCCACCCGUGCCCAGAUAUCAAAUACGCCAAGCGCAUCGCUGUUCUUCCCAUCGCCGACACUGUCGAGGGCAUCACCGGCUCUCUCUUCGACGUUUUCCUCGCUCCCUACUUCCGCGAGGCCUACAGACCUGUCCGCCAAGGCGACCUCUUCAUCGUGCGCGGUGGUAUGAGACAAGUAGAGUUCAAGGUUGUCGAGGUUGACCCCCCCGAAUACGGCAUCGUCGCACAAGAUACCGUCAUUCACUGCGAGGGCGAACCCAUCCAGCGUGACGAGGAGGAGGGCAACCUCAACGAGGUCGGCUACGACGACAUUGGUGGCUGCAGAAAGCAGAUGGCUCAGAUUCGCGAGAUGGUCGAGCUUCCUCUUCGCCACCCUCAACUCUUCAAGUCGAUCGGUAUCAAGCCUCCCCGUGGUGUCCUUCUCUACGGCCCCCCCGGUACCGGAAAGACGUUGAUGGCAAGAGCUGUCGCCAACGAGACGGGUGCCUUCUUCUUCCUCAUCAACGGUCCCGAGAUCAUGUCAAAGAUGGCUGGUGAAUCAGAGUCAAACCUGCGCAAGGCCUUCGAGGAGGCCGAGAAGAACUCUCCCGCCAUUAUCUUCAUCGACGAGAUCGACUCUAUCGCGCCCAAGCGUGACAAGACCAACGGUGAGGUCGAGCGCCGUGUCGUCUCCCAGCUUCUCACCCUCAUGGACGGUAUGAAGGCUCGCUCAAACGUCGUCGUCAUGGCCGCCACCAACAGACCCAACUCCAUCGACCCCGCUCUGCGUCGUUUCGGCCGUUUCGACCGUGAGGUCGACAUUGGUAUCCCCGACCCUACUGGACGUCUCGAGGUUCUCCAGAUUCACACCAAGAACAUGAAGCUUGGUGACGAUGUCGACCUGGAGCAGAUUGCUUCGGAGACCCACGGUUACGUCGGUUCCGAUAUCGCUGCCCUUUGCUCCGAGGCCGCCAUGCAGCAGAUUCGUGAGAAGAUGGACCUCAUUGAUCUCGAUGAGGACACCAUUGACGCCGAGGUCCUCGACUCUCUCGGUGUUACUAUGGAGAAUUUCCGCUUCGCUCUCGGUGUCUCCAACCCCUCCGCUCUUCGCGAGGUCGCCGUUGUCGAGGUGCCCAACGUUCGCUGGGAGGAUAUUGGUGGUCUCGAGACCGUCAAGGCCGAACUGCAGGAGAGCGUUCAGUACCCCGUCGACCAUCCCGAGAAGUUCCUCAAGUUCGGUCUUUCCCCGUCUCGAGGUGUCCUGUUCUACGGACCCCCCGGUACCGGUAAGACGAUGUUGGCCAAGGCCGUCGCCAACGAGUGCGCUGCCAAUUUCAUCUCCGUCAAGGGACCCGAACUCCUCAGCAUGUGGUUCGGUGAGUCCGAGAGCAACAUUCGUGACAUCUUCGACAAGGCCCGCGCCGCUGCCCCUUGUAUCGUGUUCCUCGAUGAGUUGGACUCCAUUGCCAAGGCUCGUGGUGGUUCCAUGGGCGAUGCUGGCGGUGCUUCCGACCGCGUUGUCAACCAGCUUCUCACUGAGAUGGAUGGUAUGACCUCGAAGAAGAACGUCUUCGUCAUCGGUGCCACCAACAGACCUGAGCAGCUUGACCCUGCUCUGUGCCGUCCCGGACGUCUGGACUCUCUCAUCUACGUGCCCCUGCCCGACCAGCCCGCCCGUGCUGGCAUUCUCAAGGCUCAGCUCCGCAAGACCCCUGUUGCCGACGACGUCGACAUCGACUUCAUUGCUUCCAAGACCCACGGCUUCUCCGGUGCCGAUCUUGGCUUCAUCACCCAGCGUGCUGUCAAGCUUGCCAUCAAAGAGGCCAUCACCGCCGACAUCCAGAAGACCAAGGCUCGCGAGGCCGCAGGCGAGGAGGCUAUGGAUGAGGACGAGGAGGACCCUGUCCCCGAGCUUACUAAGCGCCACUUCGAGGAGGCCAUGCAAAUGGCUCGCCGUUCCGUCAGCGACGUCGAGAUUCGCCGCUACGAGGCUUUUGCCCAGCAGAUGAAGAACGCUGGCCCUGGCGCGUACUUCAAGUUCCCUGAGGGUGAGGGUGCCGCCAACGAGGCUGGCAACAGCUUCGGUGAUGCUGGCAACGAUGAUGAUCUUUACGACUAAGGGAUGGAUGGGUUAGAGUGCCACUUAAUGCAGGCAUGCCCGCGUUGUAUUCUAGUUUUUCCUUGCUCUCCGAUGCAUCUGCGUCGUCACGCGUACAGAUGAUGGGCCGAGUCACAGAAAUUCGAGCCUAUCGACGGAAAUCUGGGUCGGACGGAGUUGGUAGACAGGUAGUUUCCAUGAUAUGUUGACCGAACCAAGCCUGGUUCUCAGAUUGUGUGAUGUUGCGAGAUUCCAUGUCUUUGAAUCCUUUCAGCCGAGUCUACUGUAUCGAGGUUGGCCUUCACGCUAGCAAUGAAGGGGCCCAUCACAGUUCGCUUGUGAACGCAUGAGAUCAAAUAGCGCAGAGAUCCUU